AUGUCGGUCUUCUUUAAGGAUAUCGCAUCCGACAACCCCGUUCGGGAAGGCGAUGUGGAAAAGGUCCUGGCACCAUUGGGCCUAACUAUCAAGGACGAAGAAUCUCCAGAGUACGAGCGACUUCUUGCUGCCGUACACGACUGCGCGGAGAGAGUUUUGAGCCUCCCGGACUAUCAACCUGCCCCGGACCUCUCACGAUAUCCUCGCCAGAACCGUCUGGCUGGUGCCAUGGGCAUUCUCGGCCGAGGCUACGGCCAACGUGGUCUUCAUCUGACGGAGUUUGAAGAGGCAAGACUUCCAUGGCUGGACUCCAACUUUCAGAAACUAUUUCCUUCAACCAAGAACACCGUCAUCAACGGGCUUUACCUUAUGGACAAGUUUCCAGGCCUGUACAGCAAGACCGUCAACAUUGGGAGGCAACUGAGAGAUGCGUAUGAUCGCGUAUUUCAAUCAUACGAUGUCAUCGUCAUGCCUACUACCCCAUUUGUCGCUCCUCGCCAUGGGCCUCGAGACUCAGUCUUGGUUGGAGGCAACGGCCUCCUGAGCAACUACCCCGCGAUAAGGGCAUCUUCCAGAAUUACUCACCCCUCCUCAUACGCCACCAUGGGCAAGAAACGUGUUUUGGUCAGCUAUGGCGUCGAUGUUGAUGCCGUUGCCGGGUGGCUGGGCUCGUAUGGCGGAGAAGAUUCACCGAACGAUAUCAGCAGAGGUCUCUUUGCCGGCACUGUCGGAACCAGGAGGGUUCUGAAGCUUUUCACCAAGUACAACAUCAAAAGCACUUGGUUCAUCCCGGGCCACAGCCUCGAGACGUUUCCCGAAGAGAUGGCUGCCGUUCGUGAUGCUGGCCAUGAGAUUGGUCUGCAUGGGUACUCUCAAGAGAACCCCACAGACAUGACUAUCGAACAGCAGAAGGAGGUCCUCGAUAAGACGUACCGCAUGUUGACUGAGUUUGCUGGUAAACCUCCUCGAGGUUCCGUCGCACCUUGGUGGGAGACCUCGAAGGAAGGCUGUCAGCUGUUGGCCGAUUACGGGAUUGAGUACGACCACAGCAUGAGUCACCACGAUUGCCAGGCCUACUACCUUCGCACCGGAGAUACUUGGACGAAGAUCGACUACAAAAAGAAAGCCAGCGAGUGGAUGAAGCCUCUUGUACAAGGGCAGAACACUGGCAUUGUUGAAAUACCCGCUAACUGGUAUCUCGACGACCUCCCACCAAUGAUGUUUAUCAAAGACGCGCCAAACAGCCAUGGUUUUGUGAACGCACGCGACGUUGAAGAUAUCUGGAGAGAUCAUUUUGAUUACUUCUAUCGGGAGUAUGACGAGUUCAUAUUUCCCUUAACGAUACACCCUGAUGUUUCCGGGCGCCCUCACGUCUUAUUGAUGCAUGAGAGGCUUAUCGAGUACAUGAAGAGUCAUGAAGGAGUGGAGUUUGUCACAAUGGAACAGAUUUGCGAUGAUUUUAAGAGUAGAAACGCGGCCCCAGAGGGGUCAAUUUUGCCUGUCAGACCAGGAGCCAUCCUGAAAGAGUCUACGACGCCAUAUUGA